AGCGAGCAGAGCGGAGCGGAGCAGAGCGGAGCGGCGGUUCAUGCCUCAUGAAUGAGUCCAGUGCCCCGUUUCUUCUUCUUCUCCUCCUCCGCAGCGCAGGUCGGAGCCUCCGGCCGGCCGCCUGCGUCCUGAUGGCCGUGCGGGAGCGCUCCGCGGCGGGGCGGCAGUAGAGGAGCCCGGACGGUCAGCACUCCGUGACAGAUUCAUCCCGGCAGGAGCGACGCGACAGGAUCAGGAACGAUGCUGGACGGACUCAGGAGGAGGCACGCCUCCCGGCCCUCUCCCCGACCCCUGUCUCUCAACUUCAGCACCUUCUCCGCCCCCCCUCCCAGCCCGGACAUGGACAGCAGCAGCAGCGAGCACCCGAUCAGGAGGACUCUGCACCGGCUGAAGCUGAUGAGCUCUCCGAGCCUCAGCGAGCUGGGAAAGAGCGAGAAGGGUUCGCCGGAGGACAGAGGGGAGAAGCAGAAGAGGGCCGGAGCCAACGCCACCUGGAACAGCAUCCACAACGCUGUCAUAGCGGUCUUCCAGAAGAAGGGCCUGGCCGAUAACGAGCUGUACGUCCUGAAUGAAGGUGUACGACAUCUGUUAAAGACCGAGCUGGGUUCCUUUUUCACCGAAUAUCUUCAGAACCAGCUGCUGACAAAAGGGAUGGUCAUCCUCCGGGAUAAAAUCAGAUUCUAUGAAGGUCAGAAGUUACUCGACUCUCUGGCGGAAACCUGGGACUUCUUUUUCUGCGACGUCCUCUCCAUGCUGCAGGCCAUCUUCCACCCGGUUCAGGGCAAGGAGCCGUCUGUCCGACAGCUGGCUCUGCUGCACUUCAGGAACACCAUCGUCCUGAGCGUGAAGCUGGAGGACGCCCUGUCUCGCCCACGGGCCCGCGUGCCUCCCUCCGUCACACAGAUGCUGCUCAUUCUGCAGGGGGUGCACGAGUCACGGGGGGUGAACGAGGACUACCUGAGGCUGGAGUCUCUGGUUCAGAAGGUGGUCUCGCCUUACCUUGGAACCCAUGGGCUUUACUCUGGAGAUGACGACGAGGCCCACUGCUGCGUUCUCGAGAAGCGUCUGCCGUGGGGCUGGCCCAAGUCUGGGGAGCCGCAGUCUAAAAACCCCGUGGUACGGUCAAAAAGCUACAACAUCCCUCUGCUGCUGACCCCGGUGGCCGAGUACGACCCCGACGCCAGCUCGGUUGGCAGCGGAGGCAUCCGGCGCCACUCCGCCUGCGAGAUCAUCACAUGCCUGGAGGAGCAGGGACUGGCUUAUGCUGACCUGGCCUCAGGACCCGAACUGUCUGCCUCCUCCUCCAACCGGCUCUGCGUGGGCUCGCAGUUCAACGGUAUUGUCCAGGGAGGAGCAGGAGCUCUGGACCUGCCUCUCUCGUCUCCUUCCAUCCUUCCCCUUCAUUCCUCAGGAGCGCUCCACGGCACCGAGGCCACGACUACAGUGACUGAUCUCAGCAAGGGGACGUCGUCCACGCCGCCCAGCGAGUCAUCCAGCCCCGAAACCAUCAUUGGACAAGUGCUAGAGUCGGCCGACUCGGACUCAGACGGGAUCUUUAUUGAUUUCCCGUCCCUCUCCUCGGAGGCGAUGGGGCUUAGCCGUGAGAGCAGGCAGAGCACUGUGUAAACUUUAGAGACGCACCUGCCGUGUGUCCAGUAAUGCUUUAGGUGAAAACAGGAACAACACUUAUAAUUACAUUUCAUUACAUGGGUACCAUCAUCUUCUUCUUCUUCUUUUUUUGUUGUUGUUUUUACUAUGGUACUGUGAGUUUCCAUAGCAAAGUGCUUUCACUAGUGAGUGAAACUUUUUUUAUUCUUACUGUAAAAAUGUGGGAGAGAACCACGACUGGUAAUGCCAUCAAAAGUCUGCAGCUGUGUUAAACGUACCACACACAUCUGAUCGUAUCUUACUUUUUUCAUUAUGUUCGGCAAAUCUGAUGAAAAGAUUUAAAUCCAUGUUGAAUUCUCCUGAGAAACAAGCAUCGCCUCCAAAGCCUCUAAUAUAUAUUAUUUCUGACUCUGAGCUUCAUUAUAUCCAAAGAAUAAUAAAUAUUGUGGUCCACUGAGACUUAAAGAUACAUAAACGUGUAUCAUUCCACUGUUGGAAACACCGGGUUCUAAGUACAGAUACAUCCAAGGACUUUGUUGCUUGUCAAUUAACAGUAUUGAUUACUUAAACAGUGCAAAGCAAUUUCAGAAAAUGAUUAUUUCAUUACAAUAUAUCCAUGAACCAAUUCUGAGGAAAUUUAUCUUUGGCAGGAAUGAAUGUGUUAAAGGCUGAGAGACUCAGACAAGUCCAGACAGACACACUGCUGGCUUUGCCCUUUUGAUGUGAUUUAGAGCCAGUACAAUAACUUACAAAGUAAAGAAUAUAGUCAGUAACAAGCCACUCAGGAGCAUGCGUCAACUGCGGUUUGAAAAUUAUAUUGGAAAUGUUUGACACAACAAACCAAAUUCUUGGAAAUGGUCAACAUUCACAUGAAAAAAGAAAUGUCAGAAUGUUUGGUAUGCAUUGUGUUCUUAGGCUUCAUUUGUUCUGUAUCCGUAUGAUUCUACUUUCUGCCUCCGGUCUGCCGUGAGCUGCUUGGGAAUUGUGAGGUCUCUCACUCAUCGAAUCUUAAUGCAAAACUUUUCCUUGUGGCAAAACAUCAGUGUGACAGCAUCUGCUUCUCCGCAUUAACUCUGGACUUUGAGGAAUAUGACAAUGUUUAUUGUUUACAUUUGACAAAGACAUGAGAAUUUCGACUGAAUGUUGUCUCACACACUGUAUUUUUGCACCACCACUAUCUUGUAAAUUUAAGCGCAUCGUUGUUUUUUUUAGGACAGCUAGAUAGUGUAAAGUGAGUAUUUACCUUGAAAUGAAUUUAAAUUUUAAUAAGGGCUUUUUAAAUGAAUCUUUUUCAAUGAUGUUUUACCUCAAGCGUUUUGUACUUUACUUUUUUGACAAUCUAUGAUGUCUAUGGAGUUGUACUUUGUAUUAAUUUGUUAUACUAGCCCAAUAAAAAAAUAAAUGCAUUUGAGUAAAAUUUAAAAAGACAUUCAUUUAUCUAAUUUACAUAACUAUGUUUUUUGUUUUUUAAUGUUGCACAGUAGUCUGCACUCUUGCCUCACAGUGAGAAUUUUAUGGCUACAAAUCCCACCCAGGCCUUUCUAUUUGG